CACGACGACAACGAAGAAGAGACAACAUUCACAACCGCUUUCACCUUUUUGGCAGACACACAUCCGCGCACCACCAAUACACACCACACACAGGCACCAUGCCCGCGGAAGGAGACGUGCAGACCUUGCAUGAGGUCACGCAACUGCCCAUCGCAGCCUGUCAACGCAUCCUCAGCGCACACAACAACAACCUCCAGGCGGCGCUGGAGGCUGUCCUGUCGAACGCCGGUGCUGACGGCGAUCUCAGUGCUACAAGCAGCUCGUUGUCGUCGCAACCAAGCGUGCCCAGGCACGGCAGCAAUGGGUUGCGGCGGCGCACAACAGCAGCAGCAGCAUCAUCAGCAUCAUCAGCAACAGCAGCAGCAGCAUCAUCAUCAUCAUCAACAGGGGCAGCGUCUACAGCUGAGACUGGAAGGCAACACCAGCCAUCCUCUGCGCAGCUCACAUCCAGCACCGCGUCCUCAGCCUCAUCAAGGGGCUCACCAGCCACCACACCAACGGCCGUGGACCGCACGUGGCGCGGGCUGCUGUUCUCGUUUCUCUUCGACGCCACGUUCAAUGUCUUGGAAUGCAUCCUCAGCUUCUUUGGCACGCUCGUGCCCGGGCUGGACCUGCUGGCGCUGCUGCCACGCCGCCGCCAUCAACGCUCCUUUGUGGAGAUGCUCCCAGACCUCGCACGCGGCGCACCCGCACCCGCAUUCGCCGAUGCAGACUUUGACACCGUGAAGCGCGAGGCAAACCGGCAGUGCAAGCUGCUCCUAGUCUACCUCCACGCACCGCGCCACGCAGAUGCAGACUCGUUCGUCCACGACACGCUCUGCGCGCCUGAUGUGGUGGCCUAUCUCAACGAGACAUUUGUGCUUUGGGGCUGCAACGCUGAGACAACACUUGGACGGCGACUGUCCCGCAACAUGCAGGCUGCUACGUUCCCGUUUGUCGGUGUUCUGCUGCCAAAAUCCGGCACGCCCAAACUCGUUGCCGCCAUCCAAGGGGCGCUGGACGCGGCGACGUUCCUCGCACAGCUGCGGGGCGUGUGCGAACGCGUGGAGCCGCUGCUUGUUGUCGAACGCACGGAGCGUGAGCAGCGCAUGCAGACACAGCGGCUGCGCGAGGAGCAGGAUCAGGCGUACCAGGAGUCACUUCGCAAGGACCGCGAACGCCAACGGCUGAAGGAGGAGGAAGAGCGGCGUGCGCGGGAGGAGGAAGAGGCCGCACAGCGCGCACAACUCGAGGAACAGCAGCGCAAACAGGAGGAGGAAGAGAAGCGAAAGGAAACCAAGACACAGCUGCCACCGGAACCGCAAGAGGAUGAGGAGAGGAUUUUGGUUGCCAUCAAGCUUCCCGAUGGUUCACGCGUGAAGCGCCACUUCCGACCCUCAGAGCAAGUCAAGGUGAUGUACGACUUUGUGUUUUCGCACCACGACCAAGUGACGGGGGCGUUUACGCUGUACACGAUGCGCCCGCGCCGCCCGCUCAGCGACAAGGAUGCACGCGUGGCGGACUUCUGCCCCAACAACGCGCCAACCAUGUUCACCUGCCACCUCGACGACGCAUAAACAGGAAAACACCAGGCGCUCUUGUUUGCUUGAAUGUGCUACUUGUGUGCUAUGUGCGUGAGUGAGCGAAUAUGUCUCCUUGUACUGUUCAUACCCCUCGUGCGUAGCGUGUUGCUGCAUCGUCAUCAUCGUGACAACCAACAACCACAAUCACAACAGACAUUGAAAACAAGCAAGCAGCAAGCAAGGAAGAAGCAAGAAUCCACAACAACAACGACGACAACGACAACAACAACGACAAAAACCGGACAUUGUUCACGAACAUCAGC